ACCUUCGGUUACUAUGGUAACUAAGUUGAAAAAUGGCAACUUCCACAGCCUGUAAAAUUUCGCCAAUCUGCCGGCUUUCACGAACAUUACCGUUCAAUCGACAUAUUUUUAUUCUACACCAAGAAAAUGUAUCAUACUGUGGCUCUAGGGCAACGUUUUUGGGAAAUAUUUAUCGUUAUAGCUCUAAUAGGACAAAUAUUUUAGCGACAAACCGUUCUGUUAUCCUUGUAAAGCAUUCUUGUAAUUUCAGCACAACUGCUACAUGUCUAAAACAACGAAGAACCCACGAUGACAAAAAAAGGGGCCUUGUACCACUAUCACUUCAAGCCCAGAAGAUGCAAAACAAAGCAGACAUGAAAGUCAUCAAAGUUUGGAGAAAUAUGUCUGUUCUUCAAUUGGCUGAUGCAAUGAAUAAGGAUCUAGAUCAUGUCUUUGAGGUCAUGAUUUAUGUGGAUAACUCUGCUGAUUAUGAUGAGCCUUGGAAGUGCAUAGACAAUCUCAAAGUGAUCCAGGAAAUUGUGAAAAAGAGUGGCAUGCGCUGCAUGAUUGCUAGUGAGCCAACUUCACAUACAACCCAUAAAGAGAUUAAGGAUGCUGAGAAAAGACCACCACCUAAGCUACGUGACUGUGUUCCGCGCCAUCCUGUCGUUACUAUCAUGGGUCACGUUGAUCACGGGAAGACAACCCUUCUCGAUUCCUUGAGGCACACCCGAGUCGUGGACGGUGAAUUUGGUGGCAUCACACAACACAUUGGAGCCUUUGAAGUGUGCCUUGACAGUGGUGAGAUGAUCACCUUUCUUGACACGCCCGGUCACGCAGCAUUCACAGCCAUGCGCUCCCGCGGUGCCCAUGUCACUGAUAUUGUCGUGCUAGUUGUGGCCGCUGACGAUGGUGUUAUGGAGCAAACCAAAGAAUCCAUCAGACUGGCAAAUGAAGCUAAAGUUCCUGUUAUUGUAGCCAUCAAUAAGGUUGACAAGCCAGAAGCAGAUAUUGAAAGGACUAAAAGUAUGUUAAUAGCUCAAGGUCUAGUCCUAGAGGAAGUAGGUGGAGAUGUACAAUCAGUACCCGUGUCGGCUUUAAAAGGAACGGGGCUCCAAGAACUGAUCGAUACAAUCAACACUCAGGCGGCUCUACUUGACCUAAAGGCCGAUUCAAAAGGUCUGGUUGAAGCGACCGUCAUUGAAUCUAAAACGGACCCGUACCGCGGGAAGCUUUCAACUGCUAUAAUUCAAAGAGGGACUCUACGCAAAGGCUCUUAUCUUGUAGCUGGUACGGCCUGGGCCAAAGUAAGGUCCAUGUUUGAUGAUCAAGGCAGGCCCAUCCAGCAAGCACCGCCCUCCACUCCAGUUGAGAUCGUUGGUUGGAAAGAAUUGCCAAGUGCUGGCGACGAAAUAUUGGAAGUCGAAACUGAAAGGCGAGCUCAUGAAGUUACCCAACUUCGUCAAUCGCGAAAAGAAGUGGAAAAAUUGAAGGAAGACUAUGUAGUCAUUCAACAGAAGGUAGAAGAACAUUUGAAGGAAUACAAAGUCCAGCUGGAGGAGAAAAAACGAAUGGGUAGAAUGAGGUACAAAAUUAGAGGGAUGCGACCUAGAGCUGCCGAGGAAAAAUCCUCCCAACCAAAAUUGUCUAUUAUCAUUAAAGGUGAUGUAGACGGCUCUGUAGAAGCAUUGCUAGAUGUAUUGGAUUCCUACCAAUCGUCGAAUUGUACGCUAGAUCUCAUCCAUUAUGGCGUCGGACCCAUCACGGAGAGUGACAUCAAAUUAGCUGAGCCAUUCAAUGCGAUCGUCUACGCCUUUAACGUUGGCGUGAUGCAGCCAAAUGUACGGCAGCUCGCCAAGUCUCAUAAAGUUCAGAUUAGAGAACACAAUAUCAUUUAUCGGCUAUUUGACGACCUUCGUGGCGAAUUAGAGAAACUUCUGCCACCCACCGAAGUAGAAGAAGUCAUCGGUGAAGCCAACGUUCUUCAAGAAUUUAUUGUCACCGAAGGCAAACACAAGCUUCCCGUCGCUGGCUGUCGCUGUGUUAAAGGCAUAUUGAAAAAGAAUGCGCUCUUCCGAUUAGUUCGUGAGGAAGAUCCUAUAUUUGAAGGCCGCGUUGCUUCCAUGAAGCAUCUCAAAUCCGAAGUGGAUACAGUUAAGAAAGAUGUCGAAUGUGGAAUAAGACUCGACAGUCCCACUAUACAGUUUCAACCUGGUGAUACACUUGUGUGUUACGAAAUGAAACAAGUUCCUCAAACUAUCGACUGGGAUCCUGGAUUUUGAUGACACACAGCCAUGUAGAAAUCUAAUACAUACUGUACAGUCUGGCGAAAAAUAUAGUCAACUCAACUCGAAUUCAAUUUUC